ACAAAGAACUGGGUUUGUCCAAAAGUUGGCUGCAGUAGUAGUUGUUGCAUAUUUCUCAGAUUUACUUGGAUGUGACCCUCGGGUUUCUGGCAAUGCUCAAAACGGGGAGUGCAUUGUAGUAAAACAGAGAAACAUUUUCAGAGAAGGUUUCAAUUCAGAGAAUUUAGAGGCAGGGCGGAGAACAGAAAGCAGAAGCACUCACCCUUCUUGGAGCCAGGGGUUAAAAAGUGUGAAGACGGGCAAAUCUUUUUCUAGCUUCAGAACAGCACAGUGCAUUUCCGGAGAUAAAGCUUGUGCACUAAUAAACUUUCCAGUUGUCACAAGCCGCCUCGUUUUUGUUACAGGAGACCCACGCAGCUACUCCUCUCUAAAUUGCUGAUCACAGGCCUAGGAGACUUCCAGAACCAUGGAGACGCCACUGCCUAUCUGCUUCCUUUCAAUCUUCAUUGUGACAGGUGAGUAGGCUAUGCUGAGAAACUUUUGAGGCUAAAGGGUUUUCAAGCCUUCUAAGAAUAAAUAAAUAAACUAAGACACAGAUAUUUCCUCAACAGAGCAAGCUCAGAAUUAAACAAGGCUUCAUAUACGGCACACAUUGAAAACACAAAACUUCACUGAGGGCAUCUCCAGAACUGGGAACUGUAACUCCAUGAGGAGGAAACUACAGUUCUGAGGAUUUGGCAUUGGGGAUUCAGUACACAAAGUGUUCUUUAAAUAUCUGGUGGGUACGCAGCUGGAGAUAAUUUAGUUCUGAAUGAGUUAGCUGAUUAGUAUUUGUGCCAGUAUAUUGCAAUGGGGAUAGGUAUUGGCACUAUGUCACAUGAAGGGGUGACUUCAGGUUUGCCUACACAUUACAUUGAAUGUACAAUCUCUCUUUCUCUCCAUGAAUAGUUGAGCUGUAUACUUGUAUUCAUAUGUCAUGUUGAACAAGUGUGGACUUGGUCUGCCUGUGUACACAAAGGUUGAGCUGUACAAAUAUAGAAGAACCACACAACCACUUGUAUGGUACAUAGAGAUGGCAUGUAUCUUAUGGUUACCAGACAUCCCAGUUUCCCAGGGACAGUUCCCGGAUUUACAAAUCUGUCCCUGGACAAAAUCCGUCCCCGGAAUGUCCCCGGAUUUCAUUUAAUGUCCCCAGAUUUCUAUGUUAAGUGGUGUAGAUUUAUUAGUAGGGAAUGAAUGUUGCAUGAUUGGUUCAACGGCACAAGACACAUCAUAUGGGGACUUCCGGUGAGGCAAAAUGGUGGGUGCCACAGCAGUGAGCAGCUCCUGAAGCUAGCCAGAGCCAACUGUGCUACCAGGCAGGCUCCGGGCUGCUAAGACGGCCACUGCCACCGCCACUGCCGAGGGGGGACUGGGGACAUUUUUGGUACAUUGCCCUCAAAUGAUUGUGUAGGAGGUGGCUGAUAAACUGAUGCUGAAAACAACAAUAGACUUUAGGUGACCCCCUUGAACGAUUCUGGUUUGCAUGUGAAUGAGGUUCUCAGGAUGGUUCUUCUGAUUGGUAUGUUUGCUCAGUUGUAGACCAUCAGGACUAAUUUCAUAUAGCAGAAGGUAACUGGUUUAGAACAUUAGAAGUGCCUGCUGCUGGACUAGAGCAAUAGUCCUCUUGAUACUAUCAGCCCCAGCAUCCUUCUGGACUGCCUCUGAUGGGUUUUCUUCUGUUGCAUUUUGAAAUGUCAAACUUUCUAAAUUCCCCUGAAACAGAACUUGAUGAAGGGUGGUAUGCAAACAUUUAACAGUGAUAAACACACAUACACAACAAAGUAAACACAGUCAGAUUUAACUUUCUUAUUUUCCCUGGUUUUAGGGGCUUCUCUGGAAUGCGAGACUUGUGCAGGCGCUGGGAAUACCUGCAAUGGACCUAUGGAAACGUGCUCUCCUGGUUUUGACAUGUGUGCUGUUACUCUGUCGGAGGCCAGACUGGGUAAGUGAAUGGCACCACCAGGGUCCUGUGGACAGAGAAUGGUUCCAAAUACUUUCCCAGCUUCCUCUUCCAUGGCCAGGACCGGUUUCAUCAUUCACAGUAGCAGCUCUGCAGCGUAGUAGACCAACGCAACUGGGGCAAUAGCUUUGGCUUGAUUAUCAGGAGUUUGUGUGCCCAUCCUGCUCUUUUAGCACAGGGUUACCUUCCCCAAUCCUAAAACAGGGAACUAAAAGCUGCUCCUUCAAUUUGAGAGAAGUUAACAGCAUUGGUGGCCUAGACAGUAUGAGGACUAGGACUUUCACACUGGUAUUUAUUAUUAUUUAUUAAAUUUAUCUAACACUCUUCACCAGGAGACCACAGGGCAGUUUACAACACAGGACACAUAAUAAAAGGUCAAUACCCCCACAUAUCAAAAGGCCUUAGAUUGAUUAACAACCAAAGUCCUGGUUAAAGAGGAAUGUUUUCACCUGGUAGCUUCGUUACCAGGUGAGCUGCCCUGGGGAGAGCAGUCCACAAACGGGGAGCCACAGGUAUAAGUAGAGAAACAAAUCUAGUUUGUAGUUGCUUUUGUAAUUAGGCCACAUUCGCAGCAUAUAUUUUAAACACUCUGAUAGCACUUUAAACAAUUACGGCUCCCCCGCCAAAGAAUUCUUUGCUAAGGUUAUGGAGAGUUGUUAGGAGACACCCUCCCUAUUCUCCUUCCCCUGAGCUACAAUUCCCAGAGUUGCCUGUGCAGAGGGGUUGGUUGUUAAAUCGCUCUGGCAAUUGUAGCUCUGUGAGGGGAAUAGGGUCCCAUAACAACUCUCAGCACCCUGAACAAAGUACAAGGGUAUCAUAGAGCUUCAGAUGUAUGCCCUGACCUUAGUGCUGAUCUCACCCAUGAAACAGUAGGAAAAUCAAGUAAUAUCAUAUUAUAUCAAGUAAGAGUGCUCUGAAGACAUACGGUAGGCUGGAUCCAACGGUAGUCGUUCAAAACAAAACCACCAAGUUGCAUCCAACUAAAAUUCAUGGCCCUAUGGUAGUGAUAUCCAACCUCCCCACUCACUUAGAAGAGCCUGGAUGAGAAUAAUAGAGGCUAUAAAUGUCAAUUUUCUGGAGCCCCAGUUCCAUGCCACCAAUUUCUAGCAUCCCAUCUGUAGUUAUCCUUAUGCCUCCCUCCUUCCUUUGCCUGAUUAGAAUGUAGUUGGACCAUCCCUUCAAGGAGCCAGGAUGACUUUCUUCUUAAUAACCUAUUGCACCACCCUAAUGCCUCAUUAAAAAGCUCCAGCUAAAAGGAUAGCACACUGGUCAUCUGGGAAGGACCUCUGUCCUGGACCCUCAGUAUCUUCUGCCACCAGCUGGACUUUCCCAACCAAGUGGCCUCUAGAUGUUUUGGAUUCCAGCUUCCAUCAGCUCCAAUCAUCAGGGUUGAUGAGAGUUGAAGUUCAGAAAUAUCUGGAGGACACCAAGUGGUGGAAUACUGCAAUAGGCUUGAUCGACCAAGGAAAGUGAAAUGACUAUUGCUCAAGAUACUGAGAAGUAGGGUCAACACCACUGUGAUUCUUUUUCACACAUCCUGUUCUUCUUUUAAUGCUUUCAGGAAUGAAGAUGAACUCCGUUGUGAAACACUGUGCGCAAUCCAAAUCCUGCAAUGAUGGCACCUCCAUCAUCAAUUUCGGCAAGACAGGAGAAAUGCUGAGCCAAGUGUUUUGCUGCGUUGGAGCCAAGUGCAAGACAAUGACCCCCACCUGUAUGUUGCUGCCAUGCUCCUCUUGCCUUUCCUCACUCUUAUCUUACUACCUUUCUUUUCUUUUCUUUUCUUUUCUUAAACAGAAACAACAAUCAAAACCUAAUUCCUCUAUUCCUUCACUCUCACAAUGCUCCUGUUUAAUCCAAUGAACUCAGUAUUGGUGCAUUUCAUUUAUUUAUUUCUGUUCAAUUUAAUAAUGGCAGGAAAAACCCCAUGUACAAGGAGCCCUCCCAAUUCCGUAGGGUGAGUUUUGGGAUCGUUCUUCUGCCCCUUGAGAAUUGUAUCCCUUAUUCAAGAAGCAAGAGCCCCCUCAAGUCCAAUUUUAAGGGUUGUCAACCUUUGGGGGCCAGUGGGCAUAUCUGGAAAUUUUAGGAAGUGCCAUGGAUGACAGCCAUAAAUGGCUGCCCUGGGGAGUGGAAUGUCACAAAAUGGCUGCCAUUGCACAAAAUGGCAGCUGCAUCGCAAAGAGCAGAUAAAGCGACAGACCACAGGAUAGUGCAGAUGUGUACCACCCCCCAUCCAUGGGGGGAAAACAACACCACCCAUAGCAGCUAUCAUUAGGUAUAUUCAUAGAGAGAAACUCAUCACAAAGAAGUGAAGGCAAGGUGGUUGCCUGAUCCUCGGAUCCUAUGACAUGUUGCCAUGUUUACGGAGGCAUGUUUAAUGUAGGAGAGGCUGAGCGAGUACAAACAGGAACCAUGCAAAAAUCGCAAACCGUCUUCUUUGGGUUCUGGAGAAGACAUUUAAAGAGAUUUUUUUAUGGGCCCCAAAUGAGAUACUGGCAGACACAUUGGAAUGUGUGAGCCUCAGGUUGACAGCCCCUGCUGCAUUUAAAUUUAGCUUGCCAGUCAUGAGCAAAGUGAGGAAUGGUUUGGAAACAACCCUGCUACCCCCUCAAACGUUCUGACCCACUGAAACAGAAUUAUAAAAUGUCUGGUCAAACAAGUGCGUGACAUUGUCUUCCUGAUUAUCUUGGUGCUGUUUUUCUGUCAUCCCAAAUGUAUGCAGUGACACCCACAAGAAGCAAACCAAAUGGGAAGUUUUGCCCAGCCUGCUACGCUAUGAACAGUGAAUGUGAGGAGGAAUGGGUUGAAUGUAAUGGAGAGGAGAUCUACUGCCUUCAUGUUUCUGGAACUACAGACCUAGGUACCUAAACACAUAUGUAUAUACAGAAGCAAAUCUAUCACAGAAACUCAUACGGACCAUUCUUGUUUUCCCAUCCCAAACAGUGUAGCACCCAGUAUCUCAGGCAUCGCCAACAUUUUUGGACUUGCUUUAAAAAAAGGGGGAAAAAGAAUGAAAACUCAGAGUCUGGGAAACCUAUCCAGGGACACUACUGGAGACCUUCACAGGUGCCAUGGCACUCACGAGGGCCAGGCUGGCAAGGCCUGAUGUAUCUGGGCUGGGAUCGCAGUCCAUGUACUGGUGGCUUCGAGACUAGAGUACUGCAAUGCACUCUGUGUUGGGCUGUCCUGGGGUGUGAUUUAGAAGCUCCAGAGGGAGCAGAAUGCAGCAGCUGGGCUGCUGAUGGGGACAGACGGCUGGCAGCAAGUGAUACCUCUGAUGAAACAUUUCCACUGUCUGCCCAUACACUACAGGUCAAAGGAUCUUAUAUUUGGUCUAGGACACCUCAAAAGCCUCUUCUAUCCCAGCUCACCACUGAGAUCCUGUGGAGGAGAGUUGCUAGUUGUGCCCCAUGAUUCAGAAACCUGAUUGAGGCUGGAUCUACGUUGGUCUUCUAAAUGUCAUUGAAUAAAACAUUCUAUAAUGCUUAAUGGGCAGUUUUCCAUUGCCAGUGGCUCGCAGCUCUACAGCGCCCUCUGGUGUCACAUUUUAAUGAUGCAUUUUUUUAACGUUAUAAGUGUAGAUCUGCCCUGGCUUCAACUAAAAGUUGGGCAUUUAGUAUUGCCCAGCGGUGGAGCAAGCAUAUUGGAGCGGGGCCAGCCGCCUGCGGGGGUGGGGCCAGCCACCCGCGGGGCCUCUGAGGAGUCUGCCUGCCUCCUCCCACUCAGCCACCCUACAACUUAGGGGGAGGCGGCUGGUGGACUGUUAGAGCCUGCGGGCACCCAAGCCCAAGCCACCGAGUCACUCCCAGGAGAGACACAUGGCUUGGGCAUGGGUCCCGUGGUGAAUGCCUCCUGGCAGUUUGUCACCCCCCCCCAGUGGUGACACCUGGGUCAGCUCACCCCCCCUUCCUCCUCCCCUGGUAUUGCCUAGUCCAGUACAGAAUCAGCAGGCAUUCUAACAUUCAGAAGCCGUUUUUAAAAAUGUCAACAGUCCUACUUUUAAGAUGAGCCAGCCAUUUCUUAACUGUUAUGAACUGGAUUUUGGUAUGGGGAGAUGCCCGGUGGCAUUUUGACGAGGUUGGCAUCAGGCGGACGUGGCGACAAGACUUGCAAGCGUGAACCGCACUGAGUCCACAAGAAAAUGUCACGUGGAAGUUGGGUGUGAUAGCUUUGGUCCUCUCUGCCAUGCACAAAAUCAGGAGAGAUUGGACUUCUCUCAGUUCAAUUUGUAUCCCAUCACCAUAGGAAAGGGGUAGAUGGCUAUCACAGUGCAUCACAUAUUGUUGACUGGCAAUCUUCUGCAACCCUCUCUUUAGGAACAUUAGCUGUUAAGACCACCAUGAAGGGCUGUACGAACUCUCCAACCUGUGAGGAACUGAAAGAACAUUCUGGCUCUAUAUCUGGGAUCACUGUUACUUCCUUAAGCAGUUGCAGGCCAGCUGGCAGCACCUCUGGAGGCCACAGGAUCGUUCCAGGAUCAUUUGGACUCUUCCUUGCAGCCCUUGCUGGCCUCCAGUUUGUGAUGCACCUCCCAUGAUUUCGCCCCCUAGGGUGUCUGGCUUGAGGAAUUCCUUGCUGCCGCUUGCUUGCUUGCAUAUGCAGACUAUAGGCUUUCCAGAGCUCUCACUGACCUCAGCAAACACCAGGGAUAGGGCACCAAAUAUGGGCCUUCUAGACCUCUCUAUGUGGCCCUUUGCUCCCUAACCUUCUUGAGUGUUUUUGUCUGUCUGGAAUGAACUUAGCUCAAAUACAGCCGCAACACAUGGCUAAUAAGUAUGGUAAAUGUAUUAUUAGUUGUAGUUAGAAUAUAAUCCAAAAUUUACAAUUCAUAAACAUCGUUAUAUAAUGUAUGUAUAAGUCCAUAAACAAGAAAUAAUCAACGUAAUGAAUUGCUGUCAGGGAACACCACGACACAGGCAGAAUCCCUUUCAAUAGAUAAUGUCCAACAGUAUUGUACUGGUGGUUGCUCCCGUGUGUAGAAUUCAAUAAUGAAUAGCAAACAAGCAGAACAGUGUUUCUGGAUUAAAUCAACUGUUUCGAGAAUGAAUCUUCAUCAGCUAAUAAUAAAAUUAAAUACGUUACAUACAAUGUAUGAAAACAAAAAUAGUAGCGACCAACCUGAAUAUUAGAUAAUAAAUAAAAAAUGAACAAAUGUGGAAUACAUACCAAAUAAUUUGUAAUAAAUUAUCAAUUCAGGUAAAUGUGAUACUUAUAGACCAGUGCUAACUGGUAUAGCCAACUGAUGCUGGUAAUACAGAUGUAUUGAACUUUUAAGGCUGUAUCAAAUAACACGCAGUUAAAGGAAAUUUAAAGGUACAGUGUAUCAAAUUUGGCAUCACAACGCAAAGUAAAACCAUAUGUCACAGACUUUAAAUGAAAUGGAAUGAACUUAGGGCCUGAUGUGCACAGCACAGCAAUGCAUACAUUAGGUGGGCGUGUACAUAUAUUACAUAUAUUACAUGUAUUCAUGAAAAAAAUGCCUUGUAUUAGGGAAAAUUGCUUGUAAAAAAAGGUGUAUAUUGGGAAAACAGCAUACAAAAAUGUGUAUAAUGGUCAAAACUGCAUACAAAAAUGGCUAUAUUAGGAAAAGCUUUCAUAAGCAUGCAAAUAAAUUUGCAUGUGUUUUGUUGUUGCUGCUGCUGUAAAUGCAAACUGCUAUGGCAAUGUGGAGAACAGAAUUAAAGAUUGGGAAAAUGAGAAACAGAUUGGUCUGCCACCUGCUUUUGUGGAAAUUUCCCUCAUGAUUUAGAACUUUGGAGCUUGGAGUCUUUGGGCAGGAAUAUUGAGAAGGAAAAAAUGCGACACUUUUGGUUUCCAUCACGGUGUUCCGUUGUGCCAGAAGUGGUUAGUCAUGCUGGCCACAUGACCCAGAAAGCUGUCUGCGGACAAACACCGGCUCCCUUGGUCUGGAAGUGAGAUGAGCGCCGCAACCCCAUAGUCACCUUUGACUGGACUUAAACAUCCUGGGGUCUUUGACCUUUUUAUUUUUAACCAGCGGUUAAGUACACACCAUAUAGUUAAAGGGCACACACACAAACACACACACAAAAUCCUGGGAACUAUAGCUUAGCCAUCCCAGAGCUACAACCCCUAGCACCCUUAAACAAAUUAAAGUUCCUAGGAUUCUUUGUGAGAUUCCUGCAUUGCAGGGGUUUGGACUAGAUGAUUCCUGGGUCCCUUCCGACUCUGUGAUUUAGAACUCCAUGAUUCUAUGAUAAUUGUGCAAUUUAAGCAGUGCAGUUUAAAUGUGGAAAUGUUUCCCUAGCCCUGCAUAUUUGGCCUACACUCCUGCUCAUCAGUUAAUAUUUCUUUUCCCUGUAUACAAACCUGGGCAAAGUGCAAAGGACAUGGAAGAAUCUAUUCUAUGAGGACCAGGGCGGAUGGAACUGCAUUUCUGGUUUUUGGAUAACUUGGCCAUCCCCUCCCCUCCCCCGCCCUGCCCCCCACCCCCCCCAGUUCUUCUGCAAGAUAGCAUUCAGUGCAUUCACAUGUGACGAAUAUUGCAUUAUGUUUCCUGAUUAUAGUGCUAGUGUUCCUGUCUCAUUCAAUAAUGCUCUUCUCAGCACUGGAAAACUUGUUGCAUUAUGGAACUGUGGCAUUUUGUCCUGAAUUUCAUUCCCACCAAUGGGCAUCCUAUGGUGCAACAACGAACAUCAUUGGACGACAUUGCUUCUUUCACUCUUUCCACACAUGCAUGUUUCUGUCCCCCCAUGAAAAUAUCAGAAAGGAAUGCUAUGCUGAUACGGCGCCUUCAUUAAAAAAAAUAAAAUACUCCCACAAUUUUCUG